CUUGGGUUAGGGAAAAUCCCAUGUGAAAUGUCGUCAUGUGAAAACAUGAAAAAAAUCUUUUCAAAGUUUUUGGAUUUGGACCAGCAGUGACAGGAAUUACUGUUAAAAUCUUAAUCCUUGCCAUUAAAUUGUUGAUCUAUUUAUACCAUCCUAGAGCUAGGAUACUCAAGCAUAGCAUUAUGGUUGGUAUCUGAUAACCAUAACAAGAGAAUAAAGAGGCAUGGCCAGAUUGCACCAGUAUGUUCUGUUAUUUAUUGCUGCAGUUUUUGUCCUGCAGCAUAUCAUGGUAUUUUCUGCUCCAACUCCUAGAGUAUUGUAUCAUUGGCAACAUGGAGAGCAAAGUAGAAAUGUGGGAAACAAUGGCACAACACCCCAGAAUUCAUCUUAUGGGGCAAUGUCACCCUCACCUGGCUUAGCUUCAGGGACCCUUACUCCUUCUGGUUGCAUGCCUGCAUGUUCAAACAGAUGUUCAGCCACCCACCAUGUGAAUGCAUGCAUGUAUUUCUGCCAAUAUUGCUGUGCAAAGUGCUUGUGUGUUCCUCCUGGUACCUAUGGAAACAAGGAAUCUUGCCCUUGUUAUAAUAAUAUGAAGACCAAGGAAGGAGGACCCAAAUGCCCAUAAAGCUCCAUCAUUCUCUUUGGUUUUUCAUGUGUCCAUAGGACUUGCAUAUCAAUCAGGCUAUGAUUGGGACAGAUAUGUAUAUAAUAUUUACAGUUUGAAGACAUUGCAGUUGCAGGCACUUGAGGAGGUUAUAAAUACCUCCUGUGCUGUUAUAAAUAGGAUCUAAACAUAAAAACCUCUCAUAUAGAGGUUGAAAUCAUUGUAACCAACCGGUGAUCAGAUGUGAUUUUAAUUUGUUUUCAAGCCUUGGGUAGAUCAAGACUCAUUGGUAAAGAGUAGAUCUGUUUGCUUCUUAAA